AAAUCAACAUUACUAAAUUCAAGUAAUUUUCAAGGACUCCCCUCAAAUUCAAGGACUUUUCAUGGACAGUGCGAACCAUGCUAUAUUAAAAACCUGGAUACUCUUCACAAAACCAAACUUAAAAACUAAAGAGCAUUCAAAUGCACCUCAACAACUAAUACAAACAAUUAAAAGCAUCGCAGGUGACAGUCUCAUGUUGAUAGACGGAACCCAAUACAAUGUGCGUACAGGUGCUUGGGUCAUUGUGUACAGGUGCUUGGGUCAUUGUGUACAGGUGCUUGGGUCAGUGUGUGCAGGUACUUGGGUCAGUGUGUACAGGUGCUUGGGUCAGUGUGUACAGGUGCUUGGGUCAGUGUGUACAGCUACUUGGGUCAGUGUGUACAGGUGCUUGGGUCAGUGUGUACAGGUACUUGGGUCAGUGAGUACAGGUGCUUGGGUCAGUGUGUACAGGUACUUGGGUCAGUGUGUACAGGUGCUUGGGUCAGUGUGUACAGGUGCUUGGGUCAGUGUGUACAGGUACUUGGGUCAGUGUGUACAGGUGCUUGGGCCAGUGUGUACAGGUACUUGGGUCAGUGUGUACAGGUACUUGGGUCAGUGUGUACAGGUGCUUGGGUCAGUGUGUAGUGUGUACUUGUUUGUGUAAGGUU